UCAAUGUCAAACGGGACGGGGAAUUUUGUGUGUCCUAAUUUGUUUUCUUUCUGUUUUUUCGUUUAAUUUUCAAAAACCUAAUCAAAAUGGCCCGUUAUUUCAAGGAACAGGAUAUUGAUGAAUUCCGUGAAUGUUUCUACCUGUUUGCCCGGUCGGGGCAAAUCACAUCACUCGAUGAGCUCACAGUGGUCAUGAGGUCCUUGGGGAUGAGCCCCACUAUACAGGAGUUGGCUGGAUAUCUGAAAGGUAAAGGGGGCAAGAUGUCCUUUGCAGAUUUCUUGGAAGUGAUGCACAUACAUUCCCGCGCUGAAAAUCUACCAAAUGAGGUAGUGAAUGCGUUCAAAGCCGGUGACACAGAGAAGUCAGGAGUUAUACCAGCUAAACAGCUUCGUAACCUGCUGCAGAACUGGGGCGAAGGCCUAUCCGCUAGAGAGGUGGACAACAUCUUCAGGGAAGCCAAUGUGUCUAACAAUGGCACUGUUCGUUAUGAAGACUUCGUGAAGAUUGCAUGCGCUCCUGUGCCGGACUAUUAUUAGCUCUUUUUUAUAUAUUCAUAGACAAUACUGGCUUUUA